ACCCGCCAGUCGCAAGGAGUGGGAGCCCCGAUGUCUUCCGGCCUGGCGGCCCCGGCUCCGUGUGUGCCUGGCCGCGCUCGCCUCCGGCCCCCCGCGACCCGGGAAGCGCAGCCCCGUUACCGCGCGGGCUUUCCCUGUCCUGCAUCCGGGCGCUUCUGAGCUUUCUGCUCCCUCGCUGCCUUCGCUGUGAGGCGGGGUGGCGGGACGGGUUAGUGUGGAGGCCCUGGGGGUGAGCCUCGCCCCUCGCGAAGUGUGCAGUUCGGGAAGAAGGCCGUGAACCCUCUGAGCCUCUGUGAAGAGGGAAAGAGUCCUCGCGGCAUCCCUGAGGAGUGAGCGUCACUUGGGUUAAUAAGCAAGGAAGCCGCUGGAACAGUUGCUGGUGACCCCACUGUCCAGUCUUCAUUCCCUUCUCUCCCUUCUCACUGCAGACCUGCGGGGGGCUCAGUGCUGGCCUGGGGGUUGAGUGUGGUCCUUUCUGUGGCUGCUGCUGCGGGCCUCCCUCACCUAGGGAUCGUGAUAGCCAGCGUUUAUUGAGGGUUUGCAGUGUGCCCGGCGUCCAUGCCCUCUGGACUUUGAUCCUCACAACAGUUGCCAUUCCGCUUGGACAGAUGGGAAGGCAGAAACAGGCUACAUAGCUCAGAGUCAUACAGCCACGAAGUGGCGUGGAGCUGGAUUUUGAUCAGAUGUGGCCACAUUCCUUUGCUUACUUUCUUCUGAAGGAGCCCAAGCUGAGCCCACAUCCUGAGAAACCAGAAAUGAAGGUGCAGAUGGAAGAGAGAAAGUCGGCACAAGUGGAUGAGAAUUCCUCAGAGUGGAUGAGGUCGUGGCGAAGCAGGUGGAAUGGGAAAAGCUGCAACACCUGUCUGAAGUUGGUAAUGAUUGUGACCUCUCAGAAUAUCAUCACUUCCUGGGCUCAAGGUUGGCUGAAAGCCACUCACAUUGCUCAAGGCUGAGGAUGAAGGCGACCUCAUCAGUGUUCCCUGACUGUGUUUCCAUCAGCUGCAGAAAUGAAGAGUCCUUGGAUGUACAUCUACUGCUACCGAGGUCACCAUGGCAGUACCACUCAGCCCCAAUCCAGGGGCUGAAGUGAAUGUUGUGGAGUUCAAGGAGUAUAAGUGUUCUUGGGUGGGAGAGAAUGAACUGCAGUUUGAAGACCGAAGAUCAAGUUCUGUUAGACCUGAAGCAGCUCUCGGCUCCCUGGACACCAAAGUGCAGAAACAUGGAGGUGUAAAGUACAAAGAUGAUGUGGAGUCUCUGCUUGGGGAGAAGCCGCAGCCCAAAGAGCAGCAGCUGUCUGCGGAGCUUCCCCUGACCGAGCAGCUCAGGGCGUCCAUGUUGCUCAUUCGAGAGCAGAAACGGGAGCUCUCUGAGUUAACCAGGAAGCUGAAAGAAGGGAGAGCAGUGUCAUUGCUGCUGAAGGAGUCUCUGGAGGUCCUCCUCAGUCGAAGUCACCCUGACACUGAGCACAGCUGGCUACAGGGACUGGCUGCAGGGUGCAGGCUGGCAGAGCAGCUCGUCCACAUGCUCAACCUAGGACCUGAAGACAUCCGCAACCAAGAGGAAGUGGUGCGGGAGGGAGUGUCCACCUGGCUUUGCUGGGCUGACCUCAGAGAAGCUUCAGGCUCUGGAAGGCACACCGCUGGACGCCACUGUGCUUGCCUCCUUGCCCCACUCCCUCCACAGCUUGCCACUUCAGUCAGCCCCACAGAAGAGACUGCUUCCACAGUGGUUGCUGCUGCCUCCACCAGCACCCCCAGCUCUGAGGCCACCACCUCAACCCCAGAAGUCUCCUCACCAGCCCAGGGAACUGAGAACCCUCCAGUUUCUGAGUCGGUUGGCACCGAGAAGCUACCUGAGGAUGGAAAGCCGGUUGCUGCAGAGCUCCACUGGUGCUGCCUACAAAAGCUCGAGUCCCCUGUCAUCCACUGACACUGCUCCAGCUUUGCCCCCACUCUCCUGACCAGCCCUUACUGGAAUACAUCCUGCCACCAAGUGCCAGCUCCCUCUGUCUGACCAUGGAGUCGUAACCCCAGCUCGGAGGAAGAGAAAGCAGCAUUCCUGAGGCCAGGUGGAAAGGCCUUUUGGGGAUUCUGGUCAGUUCCAUCCAUCCUCUCCACCUCUGCAGCACUCUGCUGUGCUAGAGCCCUGCUGGGACUGUGAAGGCAGAAACUUCAGCUUCUGAGACCCUCUUCUUCCCCACCCUUUCUAGGGGAAGGGCAGCUCCUCUGAGCCCUACUGUGUGUGAGGGGUUACGCUGCUGUGGCAAACAAUAUUAGCUUUCAUUCACAAGUGUGGAUCCUGGAAGGGCUGGAGGCAGGCCAAGAACUUGCUGCUCACCUUCCUGCCAAGACUGGUACCAAUUUCCUCUUUGUACCUCAAUCUUCCCAGAAGCCCCUUGUGGUGUUAACUGUGCCUCCAUACUCUCUGGCAUUUCCACAUCUUACUGGCAACCACACAACUCAGGGAAAGGAGUGCCUGGGGGUGGGGGGCAGGCCAGCAGCUCUGAGGGACCCUGCCCCACCCCUCCCCCAGGCCCUUUUCCCUGCAGCUUCUCAGGUGAGGCUGCCUCGUCCAGCACCACUGCGGAGCUGAAAUGGGGCUGAGGGCUGGUGUGCUGUGCCUCAACAACUGCAACUCAGAAUCUAAGAAGGCCACUGCUGAGCCUGAAAGACUUUUCUUU